GUCAGCAGACAGUAACUUAACCAUAAAAAAGAAUGGAUCUGUGAUAGAGGGCACAGCCUGUAUCAGCCGUGUUCCACUGUGGGUAGUGCUAUCCCACAGAUGGGUCACUUACGAAGAAAAGAGGAUUUUUGUUGCUCAUGGUGUGGUCCAAGGUUAGGGGCUACAUCUGGGGCUGGCCUUCCUGCUGGCCCAGUCCACAGAGGCUGCAGGGCACCCUUUGGUGGGAGACAGGGACGCUGGAGAGACCUGGCCAGACCAGGCCAGGAGUCAGAUGCUGUACUGAGCUGCUGAUCCCGGGAGCCGUCUACUGUCUACUCGCUCACAAGGGCUGAGCCUCCCACCUUUUCAAGGCCCCGCCUGGCCCGGCUCUCAGUAGCUGGGGUGGAGAUCUAGUCUGAACCUGAGUGCCAGAGGGGAUGUGUCCCAUUCAAGCCACAGCAAUGCGAGGAGCCUCAGCCCUGUGCUCGGCAAAGGCUGCAGCCAGAGGAUGCAGCGAACAAUUCCGCUGACGUGAAAAACCCAGAAGUGGCGUCUACUGUGCAAGUGGCCUUCCGAUGGGGGUCAGGCUGGGGAGAGAGCCCAGCAUGUGGGGCUACAUGUCCCUUCUGCCUGUCUUCCUGGCACUGUGGGCUAUUGCUGGCGUCUGGAUCGUUUUUGGAAUCUCGGUGGUCAACGGGACUGUGGACCUCUCAAAAGGCUUCCCCUUCAUCAGCUUCUGUGGAUCCUAUCCCCCGCAGAGCUGCAUCUUCAGCCAGCUGCUCAAUGUGGGAGCUGCUAUGGCCGCCUGGAUCUGCAUUGUGCGUUAUCACCAGCUCCGGGACUGGGGCGUCGCAACGUGGCAUAACCAGUUGAUCCUGUGGUCGGGACUUCUCUGUGCUCUAGGGACAUCCAUAGUGGGCAACUUCCAGGAAAAAAACCAGAAGCCCACACACCUGGUGGGGGCCUUCCUCGCCUUCAUCUUGGGCAACCUUUACUUCUGGCUGCAACUCCUUCUCUCCUGGCGGAUGAAGGGCCUGCCCCAGCCCGGGGCCCCCUGGAUCCAGCCGCUGCGCCUGAUCCUCUGCAGCCUCUGCACCAUCCUCAUAGUGGCCACGGUGGUCCUCUACUCCGGGGCGCUGCGUUCCGCCGCCGCUGCCUGCGAGUGGGCGGUGGCCAUGCUGCUCUUCGUGCUCUUCGGCCUCUUGGCCGUGGACUUCUCCAGCCUGGACGGCUGCAGCCUGUGCCUUCAGCCUCAGCAGGGUCUCGGGCCCCCGCCGGGCUCCCCCGUGUCCCUGCAGGUCCAGCUGUCGCAGGCGCUCUGACUUGGGCCCUGCCCUUACGGGUGGAGGAAGAAGAGUGGGCCGAUCCCUCCUUCCCCCCACCAAGAUGAACCAUCGGGGUCUCUCCAACGGGCUGGCACUGGGGGCUGCUGACCAUUCCUGUCCCGGAGCCUAGUGGGCAUGUGCAGGGGGCUUGGAGCAGCCAGAGCCGGCAUUCUGCCUCCGCCCUGCAUCCGCACCCAGGAAGCACAAGGCCAAGGCCAGCCAGCUGUCCCUGAUGGAGGCUGUUUAUUAUUGGUUGUUGUUGCCGCCGGUGGAAUCAGAGACACGACGCAGGCAGGAUCACGCGAAAACCAGAAUUCCUUCCGGAGAGCAAAUCCGUACAGAAGGUUGUGGGGGUGGGUGAAGGACCAGGGGAGGAGGGGCCCGGGAAUGGGGAGUUGGGGACGACACAGGGACAGAGGGCCCCUGUCCGGAUCUGCUAAGCCACCCCAACCAGCUCCCAUCCCUCCCCCACCCCGCCCACAGAGUUUGAUCAAUAAA